UGCUCAAGAAAAAGGUAUCUUGUUAGCUUACUUGCAAGUCGGUCAAGAAGUAUGUCAACGUUGUUAUAAUGGGUUAAUGCAGUCAUCAAUUGUGAUGAAGGAGUACGCAAAAGCGACUUAUAAUAUUCAACCACUUGACGCUGAUGCAUUAGAUCUAGAUGUUAAUACGUUAGAUCCAGAGGUUAAUACGUUAGAUCUAGAGGUUAAUACAUUAGAUCCGGAAGUUAUAUCCUUUUUAAUAGCAAUAAAAAUCAUGACUAAUAUUCUAUAUAAGCGCGAAGUAAUAAAAAAAUUGUCAGCAUUUCAAACGUUUGAAGAAUUUCGUGCUUAUAUGGAAUCAGAAAAUAAAAAUUU